CGCUGCCCUUUGCGCCUACCGAGGCGUUGGCAUCUGCGUUUCCCUCUCCCGAGAUAGACUGCUUGCUCUCCUCGACUGUGUCCGCCAUUGUUGCUUGCUGUGUGGGUUCUUGGGGUGGAGGAAUGGGAGUGCAAGUUAGAGUACUGGCGUGUGUAUGUGCCGAAUUGAAUGUGCUUCGGAAAUUGUUAGAAGCCUAGGGCCACGGCGCAAUUCGUUAAUAAGAGAAAAGCGGCUUGGGAACAGGAACCGGUUUGGAGCUUCAAGGUACCUGCUACCCCUGCCAGCUCGAGCCACCCGUCAUGCAGUCUGACGCACCAUGUGGCACCCACAUCCACCCCACCACGAGUCGUCCCAAAACUUGACCCCAUCCCUGCGCGCUGCCAACCGGAUUCUUUUAGGCCUGAAUUCGUGCUUGCGCCGGUCUGGCUGUUGCGUCCAGCCCGAUGCGUUGCAAGCUCUUUUGCCUCUGCCAUGCUUGCUCGUCAUUGGCGCGCUCACCAAGUAUAGAAGCGAUGGAUUGAGCAACGCGUCAGCCAAACGCGCUUGACAUCAACGCUUUGGGACGUCUCGUAGCUCGGAACAUGGAGCUGGCAAGAUCCGAGGCCCAACGGUAGGCCAGGCGGAACGUUGACCCAUGGGGUGCGGGAAUGGUCGCUUAGUGUUGGCGUGAGACUUCCAAUGCGCCUUUGUAGCGCGCACAAUAGUCCUCAGACGCAAUCGCGGGGCGCGCCAGUUCUUCCCCGACGACCGCCGGGCCGACAAGCGCCGAUCUCGCAGUCACCGUAUGGCGUUUGGGUCUACAGCACCUCCAACACUUCGGUUAGCGAACAAGUGACUGAACUUCGAGCGCACUUGAUCAGACCGUCAAAAUCGCCAACAUGACUACCCCAGACUCCGCAGCCGCAGACGUGGCCGCCAAGCAGCGAAUCAUAAAGCACAUGAAUGCAGACCACCACGACUCC